AUGACGUGGAGCAGCAGCAUGAGCAGCGGAUACAGCAGCCUGGAGGACGACUCCGAGGAGUUUUACUUCACAGCCAAAACCUCCUUUAAAAGGACCCCCUGGAAGGGACCCCGGGGCCAGCAAGUAAGUACACCCCCACCACGGGGCCACCAGCCCUGCGUGCCACAUUGCCCACCCACCUGACAUACUAUGGCACGGUGACUAAUGGGUUAAAUUCUGGCACGGCGAGUAAUGGGUUAAAUUCUGGCACGGCGAGAGUAAUGGGUUAAAUUCUGGCACGGGGGAGUAAUGGGUUAAAUUCUGGCACGGGGGAGUAAUGGGUUAAAUUCUGGCACGGGGGAGUAAUGGGUUAAAUUCUGGCACGGGGGAGUAAUGGGUUAAAUUCUGGCACGGCGAGUAAUGGGUUAAAUUCUGGCACGGCGAGUAAUGGGUUAAAUUCUGGCACGGCGUGUAAUGGGUUAAAUUCUGGCACAGUGAGUAAUGGGUUAAAUUCUGGCACGGCGUGUAAUGGGUUAAAUUCUGGCAAGGUGAAUAAUGGGUUAAAUUAUGUAGCUGUGUGUACCUCUCUGCCCUAAUCCCUCACACUGAGCUGUGCCCUAUUGCAUUACUAAUGGGCUCCUGCUUAUUAUUGAUGAGUUUUCCACCAUGAUCCAAUGCUGACUGUCUGUACAGACUCUGGGUCUCUGGCUGAUCACAUACUCAGCUCUCACUGUGUGCUGGGUGUAUCCCUGGCCACUUACUGCUCUCUUAUAAUCAACUCACUCAACAAGUGCACUGUGGCUGUCCUCACUUUACUGUAUUUAUUUUACAGCCCAACCAACAAAACAGCAUUGUUUACACUCUCUCCUGCAAGGUGCAAUCAUGGUAUCUUAUAACUUAAAUCACAUGUUAACAAGAUUGAUGUCACAGUAGAAUGUUCAGUUCUUUUGAAGGUAAUGGGCUUAUUCACUAAACAGUGUAUUGUAGUGAAUUCAAAUCCAUAUUUGAUACUUGGCUAAUACACCCCCUUUAUCACGUGUCACUCUUCAGUACAGAACCCCCCACGAUGUUUUAGGAUGGGAUCGAAUGCAGUGUCCAUAGGGUUUGCAAAGACAUACCCAGAAACCCAAAGGGAAAUCAGACAAGUCUCCUGAUUUUUAUUUAAUUGAUUUAUUUUACCACUUCGGCCAAUACUGCCAGUAUAUAAUGUACAUCUUUGCUCUGUUCUUGGUUUUUAGCCUUAGAGGACUGUCAUUGUUUGGUGACAGUUCCUCUUUUGUGCACCCCUGUAACCGCUAUCGAAGUGAGGUGCACAUUGGAGAAUAGUGGUUACAAUUCAUCUUCUUGCCUUGCAAUUCUCGUUUGUUUAUAUUCAUAACAUCUAGAGGUUGUCUCCCAUAUUGGCGUAUUUUCUCUUAUUUCAUAAAACUUUACUUGCAGCGGAAAACAAAUGCUAAAUAUUAAGAUAACCGAUCCAUGCACAUAAACAGUUUAGUUUACUUAUUAUAAGUGUCCCUAACGUGCGUCAUUGUCGCCAUGUUCUCAUUACUGCAAAUGUUGGACUGGAAUAAAGUCUGUUGCAAAUUUACAUUCCAGCUGCAGUGUAGUAUUCACAAAGUCUGUGUUACAGAAAGUAUAUAUCAGGUGUGUUAGAUCCUAGCGUAUGGUAGAACCUUUUCUAACCCUUUUGUGGGCCUCUUCUCAUAAGCCUGAACACGUCAAAGGCAUACUGCUGCAGUAAUUUUGACAUCUGAGUGCGCACAACGCAACAUUAGCUGCAGUAAGUUAAGAGACAAGUCGAGGAAGCAGGUUUCGUGUAAAGUACAAUAGAAUCACACACUGUAUUUUGUUUUAAUGGCUUUGCAUUAUUCACAUGUGAAUACAUAAUUAACAAAGUUUGCAUGGUUUACAACCUCCCCUGUGAACAGGAAGAAGGGGGGUGGACCUAACAAGGGGUUAAUUUUUAUAUAGGAUUUAGAUGAGUGCGUGUGUUUUUUUUUUUGUUUGUUUUUUUUGACUAUAGGACAUAGUUUGUUUAAUUAUCCUAUAUGGUGAACAGGUGUGUGACUGACCCACUAAUCGACUAGGCUCAAGUGACAUUCUGGCCUACUCAUUGGCCUUUAAGGACAGUGAACAGAAAAAGACCCUGAAGGGUUGAAACGCGUUGUGCUAGCUGCUGUCAGCCAUUUCUGCUUUUAUUAUUUUAUACCAAAUAAAUGUUUAUUUUAACACUUCACCUGGUUCCUGCUAAUAAAAACUUAUUACAAACAUCUAAGAGGAGGAUAAGAUCCAGUGUAUCCCUUGGUGGAUGAAAUACCUUUACAGUCCAGAGCCUAACUUAUGUGGCUCUGGGAAGUGUGAGUGAACCUUUUUUAUUCUCCACAUAUUGUAAAUAGGUUUCAACAGUAUACACUAUGUUGUUUACUUGUAUAUAUUAUAUAUAGGGUCCACCAUUACUGUCUGUUGCUGAAAAUAGGACCUAUACACGAUUUCAAAGGUAAAAUAUUCCACUGUUUGUGCGCUUUCACCCUUUUUUUCUGUUCACUAUAUCUUUCAUUUGGUGUAAUAAGUGACUGUACACCGAGGGGUUUUUAAGCUGCACCAGUUGUAGUAUUUUGUGUAUAGCGCCCUUUUCCCUUCUAUUGUGUAUUCCUUUAAGGACAGUGAUGUAGACUAUAAUCUUAGAAUUUUAAAUAGCCCUGUUGACACUGAGCCCCAUGCUAGAUUUGUGGUUUUCGCGUCAUACUGUUGUUUUGGUGUACAACUAGUGUUUUUGUGGUGAAGCUGAAUGCAUAGUUUCUAAAAGUUGUAUUUCAAGAUAUCCACACCCAAAAGUACAAAAGUCUUUUCUGAUGUACACAGUUCAUCCAUCACUCUUUGUCAUGUUGUCAGAUCUUACCAUGUCCGGACAAGGAGACCAUGUAGGCCUGUAAUGGUGUCACUGUACAGUGUGUUCCAUAUUCUAUGUAGUAAUAUAGGUUGUAAAAGACUAAAGUUUAGCUUUUCACUUAUUUGUAUUCUGUAAAAAAAAAAAUAUAUAUAUCUUAAGUUAUUUGCAAUUUUGACACAAAAUUGGAAAAACUUUGAAAUUAGGUCAUCGUUAAAGAGUAUGAAUCUGCAAAAAUAGCCUGUAUUUGCAAUGGAAAGUCUCAGUAAGAAGUCAAUGGAAAUGGCACACUAUUGUUUUCUGCAGAGCUCUGUGUUCUUGUAAACAACAAUCAGGCACCUUUGUGCUUUUGGCACGUCAGAGCAUGUCUGCUUCUUAGCAACUUUAUUUUUUCCUAUAAUCCACGUGACUAUAAAUGAUAAGGAUAAUCUAAUUUUUUUUAUGUGUAAUACUUCAUUGCUGAAUACUCUUAUGACUUAAUCUGAAGGGCACACCAGCUUAGUUUGUUCUAAAAUCUUUUAAACCUUUUUCUUCGAUGCUUUUAAAGUUUAGAUAAUUGGACUGAAAAGUGUGUGUUCGAUAAUAGCAUUAAGUCUCAAGUACAGAAAUAGCGUGUUGGGGGGUUUGUUUGCUUUUUGUUUAUAUUUUUCCUGAUUUGAUGUCUGAAUAUAUACGCAAUGUAAUGUCUACUUUUGGUAUGCAAGACGUCUGGGUCCAUUAUACAUGCGCACACACACACACACUUCUUUUAAAUUGAAUCAACAAUGUCAUUUCAGCUGUUUAAAACCUAUUUAGAGCAACAGGUGAAUGAAUACCUAUGGAUAGAAAAGUGUCAUCUAAUCACCCAGGCAACUGUUUGUCUGGAACCUACAUAGUGUCAUGUGUGCCAAAGGAGACUUGACUUUUUGUAUAAAGGUGAAGCUUUCAUUGGAGUUUUGCAUUGAGGAAUUUAGAAUAAACACUGAUCAGUGAUCGACUGUUUAUCUAGUUGAGCUAUCUUCAACCGUUCCAUAGUCUGUCCUCCACUCCGCCCUCCUCCAAGCACCACAACCACUGUUGUGGUGCACACCUUCUCUAAUUAAUUUUUUUUUUUUUUUAAUAUAAAACCGUAGUUGCCAGAAGUUCUCUGCCUCUCAGCGAACACCAUCAGCCAAUGUCCUUUCCCUGCCCUGCACAGUUUAGGUCAGGAGAGUUAACAGAAACUCCAACCAGGAAGAGGAGAGGCAGGGACGGAAGCCCAGUGGACCCCAGGUAAGAAGACAAACCAAUUGGAAAUGGUUUGACUAUUUACAUUGGGGGCAUGUCAGGGCACCCCUAACACCAUAAUUACUAGAAGGCAUUGUAGUGGAUAUGGUGCUUGAAGUGUUUUCCGGUAAUAAAAUAUUAGAUGGUAUGUUCUUACAUCUUAAUCACCUAUUCAAGAAAGUUCAACUCUGCCAGUUUAUAUCUAUUUUAGCUUUCCUAUUUUUUCAAUAACAUAACUUUGAAAGUACAGGAAUAAGAACCAAUGAGAGCCCUUCUAGCGUAUGUUUGGUUUGUAACUCUAUGCAGUAUUGUCUAUUGCCAAUAAUGCUGUUGCUAUAAGUGUGCCUGCCUAUUUCAGCUGUGCCUUCAGUUUCUAAGCAAGGAACAGAAUAAAUGUUGCCAAGCAGCACCGUUAGUUAAUUGAUGUAGUCUGCUUGUAGUUGUGCUACCAUUGUUGUAGUUGAUGUUUGAGAUCACAGAGCAGUGCAAUUAUCAAGAUUUGUAUCUGUCCUAUUUGUAUGGUGGUGUCAUGAUAAAGGAUAAGUGUUCACAAGUGACUCCUCCUCUUUGUGUUUUGUGUUUGGCAACUAAAGCUAUAUAGCAGCUCCAUUUUCAGAUCUGAGGUCUUUUAAUUGUCUGUUGACCAUCUUCUGGGUAAUCAAAUUGGAAUCAACUUUCCUCUGUUCACUAAAUUUAUUUUUUAUUUUUUUUGGAAUGUUUUGUAUUUUACAGGUUGUCUAGCUUUUUGUUUUCUGGUUUGGCAAGAGUUUUGCUUUAGUAAAAAAGAGAUUUUCAUAUUCUUUUUGUUGCUGAGAAUUAUAACACUGGGGUCUACUUGGCUUUUAAUCUGUAGAUUCUUCAAUAAACCACUUUUUUUUUUUUUUUUUUUCAUGCAGAUGUAGAGAUUGCCUAAAUUUCAAAUCUUUGACAUGUACCUGUAUACAGUGUACCUUGUCUUGUUGAGCACCUGUCUAUAUUUCCAAAUUUGAGAUAAUUUUACCACAAUCAUAUAUUUUUAUUUAUUUUAAUGAAGGUUAGUCAGAGUUUUGCCAUUUCCUUUACUUUUAACAGUGACGUACAGGAGGUCUUUUUGUUUACCCGUUAUGAAAAAGACCUAGGACCUGAUAAAUCUGACAUACUUGUCCAAAGCAUUUGGGGCUCACUAAACUAGAAUGUGUCUGUACAUGAAAACCACUGCUUUAUAGCAUGCAAUAUAUAAUGGGAACAUAUGUGUGGACAAAUAAAGCAGUAUUUAUUUAUUUUUUUGUCUUCUAUAAAUUUGCUUCAGACUAAUUUUACGUACUGCUCUGCACAUAAAUCAUACGGCCUUAUUAAAUCUGUAUCAUGAACUGUAUUUGGAUGGACCCUCAUACUGCGUGAGCACACCGUGUGCGCAUGCACCGAUUCACACUAGGAAACUGCUAAGCUGCUGUUUAAGCAAGUAUAAGUGGGCAUGUGCAUGCUAUGAGAUCAUUUUUUGUUCUGCAAAGGAAUCAGAUCUGGCAUAGAUUUUUCUGUAUUUGUUCAUCCUGGCUGAGGUCCAGUAGCUUUGUGUCACAAUGCAUCAUCGUUUUUCUUUUACAUUUAAACAAUGUGGUGUUAUGAAACCUGAAAGGAAAGAACAUGAGCCUCUCCUAAUGUAUAAUGUAUCACUGUUUCUGAGGGAGAGGCUGUAUGUUAAUACAUCACUAAUAGUUAUUUAGAAUAUAUUCUACUGCUCCCAAUACAACAUGCCUUAAAUAUGCGUAUGAUGGUGCCACCAACCUCUGUCCUGUGGUUUCAAUACCAAAAAAAAAAACCCUUUAAAUCUUACAGGUCUUGCAAAAGUGGACAACAACUGUUUCCUCUCAAAAUAAUAUUCUUAAAGGACAACUAUAGGCACCCUGACCACUUCAGCUUAAUGAAGUGGUCUGGGUGCCAGGUCCAGCUAGGGUUAACCCUUUUUUCUAUAAACAUAGUUUCAGAGAAACUGCUAUGUUUACAUUAGGGUUAAUCCAGCCUCUAGUGGCUGUCUCAUUGACAGCCGCUAGAGGCGCUUGCGUGCUUCUCACUGUGAUUUUCACAGUGAGAAGACGCCAGCAUCCAUAGGAAAGCAUUAUGAAUGCUUUCCUAUGAGACUGGCUGAAUGCACGCGCGCGGCUCUUGCCGCGCAUGCGCAUUCAGCCAAGGAGGAGGAGAGCUCCCCGCCCGGUGCUAGAGAAAGAGGUAAGUUUAACCCCUUCCUCACUCUAGAGCCUGGCGGGAGGGGGACCCUGAGGGUGGGGGCACCCUCAGGGCACUAUAGUGUCAGGAAAAAGAGUAUGUUUUCCUGGCACUAUAGCGGUCCUUUAAGUAUACAUUUCAAACUUCCAAGAUGGAGAACAUUCGUAAAUUUAAAACCAAAUUGUAAAAUUUAGGCUAAAGUAGCUAAGCUGUAACUAUAGACCUAAAUCUCUUCUUUAAGCCUUAAUUUUACAAUUUAAUUUUCAGUUCAUUACAGUUUGGUGUGUACUGAAUAAAAGGGACACACUAGUCACCAAAACAACUUUAGCUUAAUGAAACAGUUUUGGUGUAUAGAUCAUGCCCCUGCAGUCCCAGUGCUCAAUUAUCUGCCAUUUAAGAGUUAUAUCACUUUGUUUAUGAACCCUAGUCACACCUCCCUGCAUGUGACUUGCACAGCCUUCCAUAAACACUUCCUGUAAAGAGCCAUCUAAAGUUUAUCCUUCCUUUAUUGCAAGUUCUGUUUAAUUUAGAUUUUCUUAUCCCCUGCUAUGUUAAUGGCUCGCUAGACUCUGCAAGAGCCUCCUGUAUGUGAUUUAAAGUUCAAUUUGCUCAGAAAGAGAUAACAUUUUUAUGGUAAAUUACAUCUGAGUGAAAGUGAAACCAGUUUUUUUUUUUUCCAUACAGGCUGUAUCAAUCAGAACCAGGUAAGGUGUGGCAAGUGCUUUAAAAACAGAAACAAAGUGAUUUACCUCCUAAAUGGUAGUGGAUUGAGCAGUGAAACCUGAGAGGCAUGAUCUACACACCAAAACUACUUCAUUAAAGGGACACUCCAGGCACCCAGACCACUUCUACCCAUUGGAGUGGUCUUGGUGCCAGCUCCCACUACCCUUAACCUUGCAAGUGUAAUUAUUGCAGUUUUCAUAAACUGCAAUAAUUACCUUGCAGGGUUAAGUCCUCCUCUAGUGGCUGUCUAUGAGACAGCCACUAGAGGGACUUCCGUGUUCUUAGAAUACGAAAAGUGUGUUAUAUGACGCUGGACGUCCCCACACUAUGUGAGGACCUCCAGUGUUGCCGAAACCCCAUAGGACAGCAUUGACUAAUGCUUUCCUCUGGGGAGGUGUAGUGCGUGGCCAUUGCCGUGCUUGCACAUUAGGUCUCCCCCACCGGCUGACGUAGGCGGGGGAGGAGAGUAGGCGUAGCCUGACCCAGCACCGAGGUACAUCUUGGGAUGGGGGGUUUCAGGAAGAGGGGCACUACAGGGUCCUGCAGUGCCAGGAAAACUGUUUUCCUGGCACUGGAGAAUCCCUUUUAAGCUAAAGUUGUUUAGGUGAUUAUAGUGUUCCUUUAAAAAAAAAAAAAAUAUUGCUUUAUAUUGAGCGUGACUGGUCUGUUUCUGAUACCUGGGAUCUGGAUAUUAACUUGUGUUUUGCAAGCUUUGCGCCAGAUUGAGAACUUUAAAGGUUAUGUAUAAAAAAAAAAAAUUUUAAAAAAUUGUGGAGCAAUAGGCUUAAGCAUUCUAUUGGUUUCCAUGGUUCAAAGUUUUCUAUUGUACAACGCUACAGAAUUUGCUGGAACUUUUAUAAAUAAUAAAGGUGACUGCACUAUAGUGAUGUCCCGAACUGUUCGCCGCGGACUCCAGUCAGCAGACACAUUCCAGCCAAUCAGCAGCAGACCCUCCCUCCCACCUCCUGGACAGCUCACUAAGAAUGCAGCUUCAAAAUGGAUGCUGUCCAGGAGGUGGGAGGGAGGGUCUGCUGCUGAUUGGCUGGAAUGUGUCUGCUGACUGGAGUCCGUGGCGAACCGUUCGGGACAUCACUACUGCACUAUUUUUAGACCUUUGCUCCAAAAUGACUGUUUUACACUUAACCUCUGUGUGUUCUGGUAAGACCUGUGGUCUGACCACAUUUCUAAUAAAUAUGUUUAUUAACAAACGCACACAGUGUUCAGUCUGGAGUGGAUUCACUUUGCCUAAUACCAACAUUGACUCUUGAACUUUUUUUCCCCUGCUUUUUUCCACAUUCUAAAUUCAAUAACCAGUACUACUCUAUGCUUCUAGUUUUCUAAUGGGUAUCUUUGUUUCAUGUGAUUGUAAAUUAAAUUUAGCUGCACAUGUUGCGCUUUUUCUUCUUUUAAUUCGUUUUCACAUUAUGUUUCAAUUAUGUCAUUACUGGGCUUUGGAAGUGUGUCGGCUGUAAUUACUUUUUGUCUGUCUGCAUUAUUAUUCCAAAGUUCAAGUGACCCCUGUCCCCCUCCCCCCCAAGUAUUUACCCUGGUUACAAUCAUUCCUUUUGAUUGUGAUAUUUUGAUCCUUCCUGUGUUCAUUGAAAGGGUUCAAUAUAUGUUAUUUGCCCUGUAUAACUGAAGGCUAAUUGAUGUAAAUGGAGAUAGAUAUGCUACAGUCACAUGUCCUUGUCCUUGUUGUCUAGUUUACUACUAAGCAUUUAAUACAAAUGUCUUGCAAGUUUUCCAUUAUUGGCUCCUAAAAUCAUUGUAAAUAUGUACAUAUGAUUUUAUACUCUGCAAUUGUAAUCAGAAUACAAGUAUACAGUAGCAGUUUGUGUGUGUGUGUGUAUGUAUAUGUAUAUAUAUGUGUGUAUAUAUAAAAAAAAAUUUGUGUGCAAGGUUCAAAAGUUAUGUCCCAUGUUACUAACCAGGUGUAAAUAAUACUUACCACUACCUCUAACUCCCAAAGUAACUGUUAUAAGUGGAUUCAAAGAUACCUCUUGUGAGACAAAAGACAGCCUAUGCGGAGCUUUGUAUGUCCCUGUCUUACAGAAAUCUACACUAACAAUCCACUCUUGUGUUGAGACUUGUGUCCCUUUCUAACACAGAUGUAUUAUUUGUCCAUUGGUGCCCAUUACUUUUAAAUGUUUAAGUUCUUAUUGUGAAGCCAAAGGUUAAAGGCCAGAAGAUAGAAUUCACAAACUGUGCUAAUGUUGUGAUCGUCCUGUGCCUAGUUUAGCUCUAUGUCCAGUGUUUUAAUCGUUACCGAACUGCUGCAGUUAAUUGUGAAAUUAAUCAUAAUUCAGGAUUUCCCCUGAAAUUUUCUGUAUGUUAUGCCUGCAUGUUUGUUUGCAGCUUUUACAAACUGUAACUCUGUACUCAGUCAGGCAAAACGUGCAUUGUGGACAUUUUUAACUUGGCAGAUGUUCCUAAGGAGGUCAGUUUUUAUAAAAUGGUAUUAUCAUGGUAUUCACAUAGUGCUGAGUUAGAGAGCCUAGAGCGUGUUUCCCAGACUGCUUUGUGAAAUCACAUGAGGACGUCAGCUUUUAAUCAUUUUUUUUUUUUUUUUCGGCCUGGGGAGGUGCUCCCCAUGUCACUUCAGUGUUAUUCAUAUUUUUAUUUUAUUUAUUUUUUGUCUUCAGUUCAGAAAAAUUUAAACUAGGUCAGAUUAUUUCAUUAUUCUUUUUUCAUGACUUUCUUUUGUUGUUAUAAUAAGUAGAAUGUUGUUUAUAGCUUUGAAUUGGUCAUAAAAUGUUGCAUUAACCUUUCCUCUGUUUAUUGUAAUUUUUGUUGUCUUUGUGUGGGUACAUCAUUUCAGUUUUAUAAACUGUAAAAAUUCCUAUCACUAGUGAGAAAUGUUAUAUUUACAUAUUAUACAUGUGCCAACAACUUCAUUUUACAUACAGCAAAAAAGCAUGAUAGUUCUCAUGGUUUCACAUGUUCUGGGGAUCAAUAUCCCCUGCUUCCCCAAGUACAAAAAUCUAUAAAGAACACAAUUUAGGACUGUACCAGUCACCAGAAAAAAACAAUCUUUGCAACUUUGCAUUCCAUCCUCUGUAAAUUGUUUGGCAAAGUUAAGGGACUGCUUGCAUACAUAUUGUAAUCUAACACAAUGCUUGGGAUGCACAUACUUCUGUUAUUAUUAUUAACAUCGUGCCAAUAUUUUCCACAGUGCUUAGAAUUAUACAAUGGAGUUAUUUAACAUGUAAUUGACGGACAAAAAUAAUGUUGACAGACAUAGAAGACUCCGCUCAAUGGAGCUUAUAAUCUAGGCGGAAGGGGUAAAGGAAAGCAAGAGGAAGAACAAUUUUUCAGUGGGGAAGAUAUAGUUAUGAUACUGGUGUUUAUAGUUAAGUUUAUAAAAGUGGUUUGUGGAGGAACCAAAGUGUGGAAAGAGCAUAUGAAUGGAGGGAGCAUAGACAGUGUGGGAACAAACGGAGGGCAAGAGAAAGUGUAAUGGUUAAUAGAAGAGUGGGAAUGUUCAGGGCUUUAUAAGAUGUUUGAAUUGAACCCUGAUGGUUACUGGAAGCCAUUGUAAGGACUGACGAGGCAUGAGCCCUGAUGUAGUGGUGAGUCACAGAGAUAAGCCUAACAGCAGUAUUCAUUACAGAUUGAAGUGAGACAAUACAGGUAUUUGGACAAGGAGUCAGUUACAAUAAUCAAGAUGGGAAAUAAGUCCACAAACAAGUGCCAUUUAUAGGGGCAUAGGUGAAAGUUCUACGAUUUGGAUAUGGAGAAAAUGUGAGACCUGAAUUUGAAAAAAAAUUUACAAAAAAAAAAAACAUUUGAGAUCUCAUAGUGGGAUGUGUAAAUGGGAAGUGGAUUCUAGAAUAAACUGCCAGAUUCAGAUAUUACAGCUAUUUUGGGGGGGGGGAAAUGAUUAUUGUUAUAAGUACAUGAAGGAAAAAAGCAAUGAGAAACUGGUUGAUAGUUUGAGCCACGUAUAGCCAGGAGUUACAUUUUGAUGAAACUAUUUCAAGCCUUGCCCUGUGGCUAAAUUGGCCUAAAGAGAAUACAAGUUGCCUUUCUUUAGGUUUUCAUUAUGUGCAUAACACAUCACUCAUCUGUUAAUCCCCUCGGAGGUAGUAAGUUCAAAGGAGCUCAUUGUUUAGUCUAUUUAUUUAAAAUGUAUUUAGUAUAUGAACCUAUAGAGAUAAUUACCAUUUGUCACACGGAAACAUGCACCAACCUUUAUUGAAUCAUUUUAACUCUUUAACUAGAUCCACCGUAAACUUGUAUAUUCUACUUUGUAAUCCUCUUUUUAAAAAAAAUAAAUAAAAAUAAAUAAAUUAUACUGUAUAAUCUAAAAGAGAUAAUCUAUGAACAUUUAAGUUCUGAGUAAUUGGCCUGGAAAUAAAGAGAUCACUACAGGAACUUGAAUAAAGGUCAGACACAUCAUCCCUGCCUGACAGGUUGUGUUUGUAGGUGUGUCCAUAUUGCGAUGAGCUCACUUUCUAUCGCAAUGCUCUUUAACCGGUGUGAUCAACGCCCUCUUCUGAAACGGAAUCUGAUUAAAUGACCUGUAAACUCUUUUCUCAGGCAAUUGCUCAUCAAUUUUUUUUUAAUUUUUUUUUUUAAAUUUAUUCACCUCCUACGCAAGAGUGGGAGGGAGAGGAAAUGAGCUCUUAUCUUGUUAUUAUAAUGGGUUGGUUGCACAAAAGAACAUAAUAUAAAUAGCAAGGCAACCCUAUUAUUUAACGUUUAGUCUUCAAGGUUCUGCAAAUGUCUUGUAUCUGGGCCUGUACACAAGCUUGACUCUUGUUUAAUGAUAUGUGCUACAAUGACCUAGAUUACAUCUGUUUCAUAUAUUACCCAAGGAGUGUUUGUCUAAUGUGAGAGUUUUUUUAUUAGAAUAAAUGUGCAGUUUACUUGGCACUUACUGUACUUCGAAACUGAAACCUUUAGCCAUGGGUUUUUUUUAUUUUAUUUUUUUUAUUUUACAAACCUGUUUAUGCACUAUACCAGUAAUUGUGGGGAACUGACAAAGGGGAAUGCAAAGUUUAGACCAAAUUAACUGACUGGAGAUCUGAUGUUUUGCUCUAAAAUAUCCUUGUGGGAUUUCAUAUAUCCUGUAAUAAAACAACCUUUCUUCACCCACUGAAUUGACGUAAAAUAUCUUGCCUUUGAGCUCUUUAGAACUCAAACAAAAAACAUGCGUAGUGAGCUACCAAAGUACCAUAACAAUUUUUUAGGUAUAUACCCGUAUUUUGAAUUUCCCAGCAGCCUUUUUCAUCUCCUGUUUUCUCUCUAAAUAGUUUUAGGAAAAAUCUGUGGCCAUUAUCCUUGUUUGUUAAUAUAUUUCUUGAAUGCAUUGUGCCUGUAUAGUCGCUAACGUGACAGCUGGUCUGGUUUUCAGCUGUGUGAGUGGAAGCUCUGAUCAAAUAUCUCACAAAUAGUUGUAUAUUUGAUACAAUCUAAUACUUGGCAAACCCUUGAAUCAUUCACUCCCUUCAUUUCUGCAAAGGAGGGUGUACUAAAGUAUAGUCUUUGUGGUUUAUGGCUACAUGGCCUGCAGCCAGAAAAUGCAUUAUUGUGGCUAUGAGGUGGUAUGACCUACUCUUAUACUUUGCUGCUUUACCCUCUUGAUAAAACAGUCACAUCUAACCUCUUUGUUGAAAUAAGAUAGACUUUCUAUGCUCACCACCACCACGCUGUGGGAUUUUCCAUCUUUCAGUUUCAGAACUGGUUAUUCGUGGAUUUAUAGUUCUCAUAUGCCUUCAUGUGGGCUAUUGUAUUUUCUACUUAUCAAACUGCGGGUUUUUCCUUGAGUGAAAAAGUGAAAGGAAAAGUCUAGGUUAUGGGAAAUAUUUCUGUAGAACUUUUUACUUUUUUUUUUUCUGUAUAAAUUAAAAUAUUUAAGCGUAUGGAAAGGUGAGCAGUACAGACCAUGUGCAAUACUUUGUAAGUUGACAGAGAACGUAUACACCUGUAUUUACUUUCAGCCAAAAGUGAAGUGUCCUGUUUUGUGUCUAUAUCUCAAAGCUUUUCCAGACAUAGAGAGAGGCCUGCUGGACACUCCUGCCAUCCGUGUUUACUGUAACUCUAAACUCGUUUAUGUUCCAAUUUCCUCCAUCAAUACAGCCAAUUACUUUUCAUCUUGGAGCAUAUAUGAUUCCUUAUCUUUCCUGUCUGGUAGGAUUAGUGUGAUUCACAACGCAGCCCACUUGUCAUCUAGCAAGGAUGAGCUGGAAAGUGACACUUCAGCCCGACAUGUGUGUUUCCUGCGUGUUCUUUAGAAUAACGAUUAAACAAUAUCUUGACCAUUGUGUUCUCCUGAUAUUUCCUGUUUCUGUGUCAGUAUUGCUGAUUGUGCAAAGUUUUUCACACUCGUUAAAUGCACUGACUAGCUUUUUACAGUGCUCUCACUCUCUGUGCCAAAUCCUUUUGUAUCGGAAAUUUACCAGUUUGCAAUUCUUUUUCUCUCCCUUUAGUUUUAUGGACAGACCUUGGUCUACAUUAUUUAAUUCAAUUUUCGACCCAGUGCUUUGUGUAUAAAUCUCAGUAGCCAAACUGAAGGAAUACUCCAAUUUGGUUUUAUGUUUGUUUUAUUUACUAGUUUGGCUUUCAGCUUACACAAGUGUGCGAGCGAAGCACUGUGUUCAUACACAUCCCCUGACUUACUCUUGCUCUAUGUGGGCAACCCUCUAUAUUCCUCUCUGUUCAGAAACCCCACCUACCUGCUAAGACUAUGUACGAUGGGAAUGUCUAAACCCAACCUCGAGUGUAUGUGUACAAUAUUAAGGUAGACACACAGGCUCUCUAUUGGUUGGGUACAGCGUGACUCCAAAGACUUGACCCCACAGUGCAAAUUUAAAGGACCACUAUAGUGCCAGGAAAACAUACUCUUUUUCCUUGCACGAUAGUGCCCUGAGGGUGCCCCCACCCUCAGUGUCCCCCACCCGCCUGGCUCUGGGGAGAGGAAAGGGGUUAAACUUACCUUUUUUUCCAGCGCCAGACAGGGAGCUCUCCUCCUCCUCUCCUCCCUUGCGGCUGAAUGCGCACGCGUGGCAAGAGCUGCGAGCGCAUUCAGCCGGUCUCACAGGAAAGCAUUUACAAUGCUUUCCUAUGGACGCUUGCGUGUUCUCACUGUGAUUUUCACAGUGAGAAUCACGCAAGCGCCUCUAGCGGCUGUCAAUGAGACAGCCACUAGAGGCUGGAUUAACGCAUUUAUAAACAUAGCAGUUUCUCGGAAACUGCUGUGUUAUAUAUAUAUAUAUAUAUAUAUAUAUAUAUAUAUAUAUAUAUAUAUAUAUAUAUAUAUAUAUAUAUAUAUAUAUAUAUAUAUAUAUAUAUAUAUAUAUAUAUAUAUAUAUAUAUAUAUAUAUAUAUAUAUAUAUAUAUAUAUAUAUAUAUAUAUAUAUAUAUAUAUAUAUAUAUAUAAAAAAGGGGGGGUUAAUCCUAGAGGGACCUGGCACCCAGACCACUUCAUUAAGCUGAAGUGGUCUGGGUGCCUAGAGUGGUCCUUUAAGGUUAAAAAAUACAUGUAAUAUUUUCUAUUUUAAAAAGGCACAUUUCCUUUAACCCCUUAAGGACCAAACUUCUAGAAUAAAAGGGAAUCAUGACAUCUCACACAUGUCAUGUGUCCUUAAGGGGUUAAAGAACCAGCCCUGCUAAAAUCAGAUUUUUUAUUUUAUUUUUUCCCCUGAAUGUCCCUAGUAAUUACAGUGCUCACAAUACUUUACCAGCAUUACUGUAAAGCUAAACGUAGCAUGGUGAGCUAUGUCUGUCCAAAAGUAGCAGAAUCAAUAAAUGUAUCCAAAUGCUGCAUUCUCAGUAUAAAGGCUGAGCAGUCACUCCCUGCCCAAUCAGCACAAUGGCCAAUAAUAGCCAAUGGAGUAAUAGCACACUGACAGGUGCCUUGUGCAUGUCAAGGUGAGAUAGGAGGACCGAACUAUGUACCAUAGAGAGAACAUUACAGACUGUCUCCCCUUCCUGCUUCUAUUACAGGCAGAGAGACCCAAGGCCUGAGUCUCCCCAGAUUAGUGAGUGUUCUAUUAAGGGGAGAGAACCGUACAUUGGUUCUCCUGCUAAUUUACAACAGGAAGUAUUUGCUAACUAAAGCAGAGAUGUUUGCAAGCCAUUGAUAUAAAUGUAUUUGUGACUGAGGAUAAUGGGGUGUGUAGUCCCCAUGUUAACCCUCCCUGAAUGCUAUGGCCUGUAGGACAGGGUGUGACGGCAAUGAAACAGCUGAGUAGAAAAUAGUCACUAGUUCUGCAUUCUUUGCAUCUCUUUCUACAGAUAUAUGAAAGCUUUAUUUUCCCAGGGCUGUAUUUGCUAAAUAACAAACUUGCUAGAGCAGGUAAAAAUGUGACUUCUUACAGUGGUGGUGGUGGUGGGUUUACUCCUGGCACCAUAACCACUAUAGCAAGAUGUAGUAGUUAAGGUGGUUGGAUUGUUCCUUUAAAAUCCCAUUGCAACUCUUACGCUGCUAUUCAAUAAAUUACAUAUUGUAGUGAAUUAUAAUCGAAAAUUUAGGCAAAAAAUUCUUCAAAUAAGCUAUAGUUGGCUUUGGCUAUUUUUGCCUCAUUUUGACUCCCCCCACUCCUCCUUUCUUCCCCAGAUUUCUAAUUUGUGAGUUUAAUGAUUAAAUCCUUUCACGGUCUUACUGCUAGUCUUCUGAACCUGCUCCCUGUUGUGUUGCUUGAACUGAAUCUUUUUACAAAUUGAGUAUGUCAAGCAUGAGAGCUAUUUAAUGAUACUUUUUGAAGAAUUCAUUUAGGGAGGUAUUUACUGACCCCAGCAAUUUACCCACAUGCCUUAUGACUGCUGAAAGGAGUUGACAGUAACUUUAAAUAAAACACUGCAGGAGCCAAACUCUUAUUGAGUGACCCUUGUGACUUACAGAUAAUUUAAAUGCUGGAGGGAUUAUCUUUUGACUGCUGUUGCUGGAUAGACCUAAGUGAGAAUCUGAAAAGAGGCCUAUACUUAUUAUUAAUUUUCAGGCUUAACUCAGAAAUUCCUGCUUUGAAGUACUUGCCAUCAUUUUGUCAGUUGAAAUAUUGGGCAAAUGGAGGAGAAAUAUAUUUUAUUUAUUUUGUUUAAGUUUUUAGUUUUUUUUUCAGUAAACAGUGAAUUGUAUUACAUUGAAAAGUGAACUGCGACAUUUAGGCCAAAGUAGCUGACUUGGAAAGAGUUUUAACUUAACGUUUGUUAUUUUUAUUUAUUUUUUUUAGCCUGCAUUUUUCAAUUUGGUUUUCAGUUCACAAGUAUUAAAUGCGUAUAGUAUAAAAGUGUUUGUAGCAAUUAAAGGAACACUAAAGCGCUAGGAAUACAAACCUGUUACAGAGGUGUAAUGCCCCUGUGCAUGCUAUUAAAAAUAAUAUAUAGGGUUUUGCUUACCCUCCUCCUCCGGUGGCGUCAUCGAGGAGGCAUAGCAUCCUCCAGCAAGUAUCCAAACUUCCCCAUUCAAUCAGUGCUUCCUAUGGUGGCUGCAACAUCACAUGACUAAGUUUUACUCCGCUGCAGAAACGCCUCUAGUGGCUAUCGGUGUAAAAGCCACUAGAUGUGUUUUUAGCCCUCAAAUUUAACAUUGCUGUUUCUACAAAAUGGCAGUGUUUUACCUUGAUUGGUUAAAAAGACAGGACCACUGCCCCCAGGCCAUUUUAUUGGUGGUGGUCCUUUUAAUAAUGAAGCAUGGUUUGCUAAUGAUUUAUAUAGGUUCAGGAAACGCUACUUCCAAUACGGUUACUAAUGGGCAUGUAAGCAUGAAAAGAUUGUUCUGUAGAAACUCUCGGACACACCCUAUUUUAUAAAUGACAUAGUUUAUAUGAUUAUUGCAUUCUUUGUAAAUUAAUCAUGCAACUUCCAGGUUAUUAGCUUACGAUAACUAAUGCAACAGGAAAUGUAUAUUAAUUUUUGUAGCUGUUCAUCAAAUAGUAAUCAUGGUGUUCAUUAAACUGGAGAAUUUGCAAGGGAUUUCAAAACUUUAGUUUUAUAUAAUUGAACAGUGGGGGGGGGGGGAUGAGGGAAUGGAAGAUUAUGGUAUAUAAUUAGCAAGUUCCUUGUGUGUUUUCCACAGUUUGUGGUUUAGUGAAUAUGCUCAUUGUCCGUGUUAAGCGAAGAAAAGUACAUAUGGUGUUGUGAGGAAAUCUGCUCGGGGAGACCUAGUGUGCACGUGCGACAAUGACCACGCUCGCAUUCGUAUUUCCCCAUAGGAAAGUAUUAUACAAUGCUUUUCUAUGGGGUUUUGGGUGACUUUGGAUGUCCUCAUGCAUAGCAUCAGGCGACCAAAAGUUGUAUAGCGACCCAGAAGUCUCUCUAGUAGCUGUCUGACAGACAGCCAGCCAGCCACUAAAGGUGGAGUUAACCCUCGAAGGUUAUUUGCUCAUUGGCUGUGGUACUGGAGGUGGGGAGCGCCCAUAGGCGAUACUAGUUUAAGAAGUCAAACCAUUCUAAAAUGGUUUACCUACUUAAAGGUAGCUCACUGGAACACUCUUUUAUGGUUUUCUUUUUAUAAACACUAUACAUAUUUUGAGAUUACAGUCCAUCACAUUAGAUAUUAAAACUUAAUAUUUGUACAUGUUAAAUGUUGGCAUCUCACUGCUCCAUUCGCUGCCAUUUAGACUUUGUUUAUACAGCUCUAGUCACACCUCCGCAGACUGUGACUGACACAUCCUGCAUGACAACCAAAUGGUUUCAUUUUCAAUCUGUUACUGACUUUUUAAAAGUUUUUAUCUCCUGCUAUGUAAAUUGAACAUAUAGUAGGCUCCUGCAGGGUCUAGCAAGCUAUUAACAGAGCAAGAGAUCAUAAAUUCUAAAUUAAACAUAAUUUGCAAUAAAGGAAGUGUAAACAUUAGAUGACUCUUUACAGGAAGUGUUUAGGAAGGCAGUGUAAGUCUCACACACAGGGAGGUGUGACUAGGGCUGUAUAAACAAAUGGAUUUCACUCCUAAAUGGCAGAGAAUUGAGCAGUGAGACUAAAGGGGCAUGAUCUGCACACCAGAACUGCUUCAUUAAGCUAAAGUUGUUUUGGUGACUAUAUUGUCCCUUUUAAAUACUACAGCAUGCUGGUGUGUUUUGGGCAUCUGUAAGCCUUACUGUUCUACAUUAGUCUGAUUAAGCAGAAGUUCAUACUUCCACACUGUCAUACCAGGCUGACUCUUUCAGCCAAUUCAUUCUGUUUAAACCUGGUGUGAGUUGGUAUGCUAGUGCAGAAAUGUGUGCUGUGGAAUAAGUUGGUACUAUGAGUGCAAUAAUAAAUAUGAACAUCCUCUUUAUCAGACAAACUCUGACAUAAGUACUGAGUCCCAUAAAUCUGGACACCAGUGGACAGGGUAAAAGGGGAUUGAAUCUUGUCACUGGCACCGCCCAAAGAGGGCAGAUCUGCCAUGCUGCAAAGUCCAGACAGGACUCUGAAAUGGGACUAUCCCACCGAAAUUGAGAAUGUUAUAAGGCAUGGAAAUGUAAUAAACCAUUUCAGAUUACCAGCGUAUUCAUGGCACCAUAACCACUAUGACACAACUCUUGCUUCAAACCUCAUGUCUUGUCAGGCAGCUAAAUACAUUUCAAAGCAGCAGUGUCAUAAAUCCACACACAGCAAUGUUGUUUGCCAUGAACUACCUGCCUGUUUUGUUUGAAUUGUAAGUUAGUAAGAGUUCAAAUAGCAUUAAGUGCAUACCUAAAAUUAUGUCAGGACAGAAAUAUUACAGUGUUUGAGCAGUGUUCUAAAGUGAAGUGUAAUUAGAGGUUCGAAAAUGUACACACGAUUUCAGACAUGUAAUUUUCUAAACUUAAAAGUAUUCCGCCCACUACUAGAGCGAGAUAGAGUAGGGACUUUUUGGUAAAAUAUUUGUAAGAUUCUGUGUAUAAUCGACAUUGGCUGGUAAAGCAUUACGUUUUAGUUGAACAACAAUUGCCAUUCUUGAUUAACGUGAAUGCACAAAAUAGUUAUUAAACAUUUCUUCUUUUCGCUGCUUCUUACUCCUGCGUCUCAGGGACUUAACUCUGUCAGUAGCUUUAGAGUGAUGCCGGAUUAUUUCAAGUCUAUAGCAAUUAUUUUGGCACCAGAAAACAUCCAAAGGAUAUCUUAAUCACAUGUAAAGUAACACUAAAACUUCAGUUUAAGAUGAGCUUUAAUGAGCGAUCAUGAUCAGAAAGGUUCAAGUAUGCAAGUAGAACUGAAAAAAAACUAUAUUGGCACUGUUUGCAAAAGUUAACAAAAAUUAUUUUUGUGCCGUUUAAGCUACACUCCACUAUCCCAAUCUAAAAAUCAAUGUUUAGUAGAUAUAACCAAAAUAAAGCAUGCAUGCAUUUAAUGAUGCACUUUUUUUUAAUUGUGGUUAUAUCUAAAACCAGUUUGUAAAAGAUGCAGAUCUCCUUUGAAAUUUUUCAAGCCCUCCCCUUCUAGCCUAGCCCAGACUUUAUUUGGCUGUCCAAUCACAAACUUGAUGUAGAUCAAUGAAAAGUCAGGUGCUCUGGACAAUUGCUGCCUCCUGAGUUUAGCUGUACUGAGCAAAAUAACCAGGAAGUAGCAGGGUCUGUAACCAGGUUAAUUUAUAAAAGUUCCAGUUUCUGUUGAAAACUUAACUUUUUUUCUAAAUUGAUGAGAUGAGUGUCACUUUAAUGAUUGUACAGUUUUUCAGCAAUGAAUUGCAUGCGGAUAUGAGUUGCACAUGCUCUAGUAACCUUUUGGAAGGAUUUAGAGAAUACAGGGUUCUAGGUGUGCAUCAAACCUUUUUCUAUGAAAAAGAUUUAUUUGCUUGUCCUAAAAAGGAUUUUAGUCUUAAUGAUCUUGCAGUAGGAGGAUUGGGCUGCAGUGAGAAGUUGGUAUUGGACCUUGAUUUAAUUUUUUUCUUGUUCUCUACACUUCAUAGAUUCCUAGAACAUGGUUCUGAAUGUCACUGGUUAAAAUAAGUCUUCAGUACUGUUGAUGGUUUUUAAAAAAAUAGAGGCUAAAUCCGUUGCUUUAAUAUAGUCGGUCUUCUCAUAUGUAGCUGGACAUCAUUUUCUUUACAUUACAUUAAAGGCUUCAUGAACGGAAAGAAGACUGUCGGAACUGUCAUUUCAGAUUGACAAAUCCCUUCUCCUGAUGUGUGUGUGUGUGGUUCACGAAUUUGACCUGUGCUUUGUAUCUGCUUUCUUGAUGUUUUGAACCAUCCAGGCUGACGUACUCACACACAACAAAGGUCUCUUAAAGGGGCACUUUAGUGAGCUGUGGAGGAAUUUCAAGGGUCUCUUGUUAUUUGAGAUCUCCAAAUAAUGCUAAAUGACUACUGUUUUGUUGGUCUUGUGUUUAGUAUUUCACAUAUCAUGCAUUGUGCUAUAGCUCAGUGGUGGCUAAAAAAAAAAAAAAAGUUGCUUCAGGUCUUUUAUCUGAGCAGAAUUAUUGUAUGUACUAUUGUAUUUAUUCACUUUACCAUCUAUACUAUGUAAUCUAGCAAUGUGUGUUUUUUGUUUUUAGACAUUAUUAAACAUUAGGCCUAAAGUGAAGCAUUUUUUUACACACACACACACACACACACACACACACACUUCUUGACUUCAGCGUACGGUGAACCUUGACACACUUAAAUUCUUUGCCUAAACUUGUGAAGUCAUGGGGACUUCCAUCAUGUAUUGUAAUUAUUUAUUUUUAUCGAUUCUUUUGACUAACAUAUAUACGUUGUUUUAUAACUUCAAAGUGAACUUAAAACCUGUCCGUUUGUUGCUUAUUUUGCAGUACACCAUUAAUGAGUAACUCCUUGUUUGGCGAGUUAUAACUUAUCAUUUUCUUCAACCCCCUUCGCAGCUGCUUAGGUAAUGUUGACAUGUGGCCAUGAUAAUGGCUAGAUUGUGAAAACUAAAGUAUUAUACGUUGUUACCUGACACCAAAUACUGAAGGGAACAUUACUGGUCUGGAUUCAUACUGCCAUAUGUUGCUGCAAUUCAGCUUCAUUGACCUAUCGUAUUACCAGCUUCCACUAGCCCUGGCAACUUCUCCAGACCAGCAGGAACCUAACUGGUGUUGGCACUGUGAAUUGUAUUCGCAUCCAACUCGAUAUUGUAGUUCUGAGUGAUAUCGUGUAGUUAUUUGUGCUGUGUGUAUGUAUAUGUAAAAAAAAAUGCUUUCCUCGACCUUCUGCACUGUAAUCAAAAUAUACUGGCGCAGGGAAGCGGCCGGCUCAGGGAGCUUUGUAGCUGGCCGCCCUGGGCUGUAUGGAGGUGGCUGGCUCAGGGAGCACGUAGAUGACCGACCUGGAGAGUAUAGAGGCUCCCUGGGCUGCAUGGAGACAGCAGGCUGGGGCAGCGUGCGAAGGAGCAGUGAUUUUCCUGCAGUGAUUUUCCUGCAGCUCCUUUCUGCUCCCUCGCGCUGUGUAAUGAUGCCGGGAGCCGGAAUAUGAUGUCAUUCCGGCCCCAGCAUCACUGCAGACAGUGCGAGGGCGCAGAGAAGAGCUGCAGGAAGAUCACUGCUCCCUUGCACACAGGAAUAGCAGCCCCAUUGGACCCCAGGGAAAGUCCACUCAGCCAGGGGUCAAGUUCUGGGGAAUAAACUGUGGGAACUCACCCAAGAACCCACCCCCACCCAAAAAACAAUGAUAUAUACUCGUAUGCAUAUAUAAACGUGUGUGUGUGUGUGUGUGUGUGUGUGUGUGUAUAUGUGUAUAUAUAUAUAUAUUACUCACUCACUCAUACAUACACAUACAUACAUACAUACAUACAUACACACACACAGAAACACACAUUAUUAUUAUUUUUUAAUUUAAAAAUGUCCACCCAGCCUUCCUACCUGGAGAGCUGCCGUGGACCUGUCCAGUGAGGCGGGCGUCUGUCUCCCUGUCAGAUGCGACGAGGGAGCUGUGCAGCCAGUAUUAUUCUUGGCACUUUAUAAUGCUAUAAAUAAAAUAUUAAAAAGAUGAUGCAGGAUUUUCUAUAUCCUAAAAAAGGUAUUUAUUGCACUUGAAUGCUUUCAAUAAAGUUUAAAAACUGCUUAAGAAAAAUGCAUACAUUUCUUAAGAGGUUUUGUGAAUGAGUAUCUACUGAUUGGCUGAAAAGUGAAAAACCUCAGCGUUACAACCCUCUGAGUUACUGAUCUUCAAUACCAACAUGAAACCUACUUGCACGAGGUACGCCAACUGAUGUACAUCUCCAACUUGGUUUCAGACUCUACUGAUCUACUGUUUGAUCAUGGUUAUCUGUUGCACUAGUCCUAGUUGAUCAUAUUUAUAUUCUACUUUUAAUGAGUGAACCUUUUGUUCGUUUUUCAUUUCUGUACGUUUUCUUUAAUUUGCUGCAUUUGACUCCUUUGUUGAGUCAGACUCUUUUUUUUUUUUUUUUUUGUCUGUAUUUGUGUUGUGUUUUUUGCUCUAUUUUUUUACUUUAAAAAAAAAAAAAGUUAUUAAAUUCUAAAACCUAAGCAUUGGAGUCUUCACAGUAUCAAAAUGUGCUUCCAUUAUUUUGGAGUAUUGAUGUACCUUGUCCUACCAAUGAAGAUUUACCAAAAAUACAUGGAGAUCCAUUUUUUUUUUUUUGUCCCAAAAUUCCGUGGUUAAAGUCUGCUCCUUUUGGUUUUUCUAUCCUGUGCAUGGUCUCUGUUUCUAUAUGGUCAUAUGGCAUUUUACAUAUGUGAUCAUGAAUGUGAUAUCCUCUCCAGAAUGAGCAUACUGGAAUAAGUUGUGGACUACAUCUCCCAUAAUGCUCCUUCAGCCAUAAUGUUGGCAAAGUAUCAAGGGAGAUCUAGUUCACAACAUCUGAAGUGCCGAAGGUUGCCUACCCCUGUAUUAGAGGUAUGGCAGUCUCCUGGUGGGAUAGACUGUAAAUUUGGCUCAGGAUGCGAGUACACAUUAUUCCAAAUUUACUAUAUUAAUCUUGAAGUAUUUUCUGCAAGAUAUUCAGAUUUAGAUUGUACAUCAGAUGCUUAGUUUGACCAUUCGUAACCCUACUGUGCUUUUAUUAGCAGUAAAGUGUGGAUGAAUUCUAGGCCAUAGUUGUAAGUAUUCUUUAUGCAUCAUGCACAUUAUUAGGAGAUCUUCAUGCAGAUUAUGAAACCUGUCCUAGAUAUGAUUUCCAUUUCUUACACUUCUGAAGAAGCCCUGCUUGGUGAAACUCAUAAAGUGGGGUAUUUUGGAUUCUUUUGGGACCUUUUUUUAUUUUAUAUUGCAUUGUUUAUUGUUUUAAUUGUUUACAUUAUAUCGUAAGUUAAUUCCCUUAUAUACUAUAUUCCCUUUUAUUUAUGUCUGGCUGGCUUCCUAGUUCCUGCAUUGUCCAGGUGGGGAUUGUACCACCAAGGCCUUCUACUAGCAGAGCAGGUUUUUGCUCUAAAAUUGUAAGUAAUGCAGAAGAGCUCUUGGUAGCUCUCUAAAGUGUGAGUUAUCCCUCUAUAUACUUUUUGCACUUUUAAUAUUGAAAUUUACUGCCUCCUUCAUGAAAUUUGGUCAAUCAAAAACAUACUUUCCACCUGGCCAAACAGAUUGUUCCGCUUUGUGCAAGUCUAGCUGUUAAUCAUUCUAUUCCAUAAUUACCGAAGAUAGGUAAUGGCAAAUAUCCCAUUUGUGUAAGUGUACACUUUGUAUACUAUUCACUGCUGUAAAGGUUAAUGUACUGAUGGGGAUAGGUCUGCCAGCUAUCAAUAUUUAGUAACUGAGAACUUGGCACCCUUUUCACCUUCAAAAGAGCAGAUGGUGACAUUUUCCCUGCCUGGAGUCAGGAGUAAUUUAUGAAAGCACACACAAAUUUUAUAUGUAGUUUUUAUGACCUCAUUCUUUGUGUGUGUGUGUGUAUAUAUAUGUAUGUGUGUAUAUAUGUAUGUAUGUAUAUAUGUAUGUAUGUAUAUGUAUAUAUGUAUGUGUGUGUAUGUAUAUGUGUGUGUUGUUAUUCCCCCCCCUCUAUGAAUUGGCUCUGAAUGUUGUACAUCUGCUUAUGUGUCUGUCUGCUGGGCUGUGGUAAGUGCUUGACAUCUGACUAUAUCAGCUAAUUGGUUUUGUGGUUGAUGGCACUGAAAGCAGUGAACUAUAUUUUUCAGACUGCUUAGUCAUAAAAUAUAACUACAGCCCUUCUCCGAGAUUCACAGUCCUUUUGAAUUCUAUUCAGGACAGGCAAAUCUCCAAAACUCUCUACCCCCAUCUGUUUGACUACAAGUCAUAUAAUCCACUGCCCGCAUCAGAAGCCAGCAAGAAUGACCGGAUUUACACAACCUUGUUCUACCCCAUUCUAUUUGCUUCCUUCUUAAAACUGUUAGAACAUACCCAUUAUCUUUUUGUGAGGUUUUUCUUACAACAUAAAAGAUCUGUUAUUCAUUUGUCACAAUCGAGCCAGCUUUUGUCAGAGUAGUUGUUAAAUUUAUACCCCAUGGUGUCCUAAGCAAAUAUUUAUUAUUAUUUUUUGACCACUAGAACAUUUUCAUAGAGUGUUCAACUGUUGAUGCAAGUAAGAUGGACAAAAGGAGGGGAGAAUUCCACAUUUGUAUUGUGUAUCCUGGUCAACCAAAUAUUUAUUGAAUUUAAGGAAACUCUCCAAGCAUGCUGUAGUGUUUAUGGUGCCGGGAGUACCCUGACUUCCUCUAUGUGUAAGAAGUCAAACUGUUUGCUAAUGGUUUGACUACUUACCUGGGAUCCCAUUCCACAUUGAGAACUGUAAGCUGCUGCACAGAGUUUCUGUUAGUCUGUCUAAGCUUAUCCCUAGCAGUGGCCACUUGUUGCUGAGUGUGUCAGCAGAUCGCUCACUGGCCGUGGGCUAAGACUCGCAUCACUGGGCACCCGAUGGACCCCACAUCAGUUGGCAAACCGUAAACAAUUUGACAGCUUGCAUUGGGAGGAUUCAUUGCUGUAUCAUAGGGAGUUUUGGAGUUUUCUACACUGAAUUAUUAGAUUCCUGGGGGGCUUUCCAAUGAUUCUCCCUGCUCUUGAAUGAAAGCACCUUUUUGUUGUACAACUUGCUGCUUUAUUUUCAUGUAAAAGUAUAUAUAAAACUGAAAUGUAAAAUAAAACAAAAUGGUCCAACAUGUUUUGUCCACAAUAUGGACUUCUUCAGGGUCCCAAAAAAACACAAAACAAUAAAAGUAAAUCCAAAUACAUACAUAAAAUAAAGUAUAAAAAUAUACAGAUACCCAUCAAGCAAGUAAGCAACCUGCCCCAUUUAAAGGCCCCCCAGGAAUCUAAGGGGAGGCACCGAAGAGCAAAUUUAUCUUCAUUGAUGCCAUGAGUGCACACCUACCUGCGCAAUGUACUUUUUAAUGUUGCUGUGUUACACUGUUAUCGUAUGUUUACAUUUUAGAUUAACAGCAGUAUCCCCAGCAGUACCGUGUUUCCCCGAAAAUAAACCCUACCCCGAAAAUAAGCCCUAGUCGGAUUUUCGGGGUGGGCUGCAAUAUAAGCCCUACCCCGAAAAUAAGACCUAGGCAUUUUACCUUUUCGGCGAGACUUCCUUCUUCUACUGUAGGAGGAGCGUUGCGGGCCGCGGCAUCGCGCAACGUGAUGACGACAUUUUGCAGCGCCGUCAGUCUGCCUUCACGGAUCUUCAGCGGAAGGAUCCAUUUCCAGGCGGUGAGGCUCCCAGUGGUCGGACUCGGCAAGGAAACUUUGAAAUGUGAGUACCGGUAGAUAUUUUAUGUCUGGGACUGAAUUAAUUAAAGGGGGCGGGGGGUGAAUUAAUUAAAGGGGGGGUGAAUUAAAGGGUGGGCUGGAUUAAUUAGAGGGGGGUGAAUUAAUUAAAGGGGGGGUGAAUUAAUUAAGGGGAGGUGAAUUAAUUAGAGGGGGCUGGAUUAAUUAGAGGGGGUGAAUUAAUUAAAGGGGUGGUGAAUUAAUUAAAGGGUGGGCUGGAUUAAUUAGAGGGGGGUGAAUUAAUUAAAGGGGUGGUGAAUUAAUUAAAGGGUGGGCUGGAUUAAUUAGAGGGGGGUGAAUUAAUUAAAGGGGGGUGAAUUAAUUAAAGGGUGGGCUGGAUUAAUUAGAGGGGGUGGAUUAUUAGGGGGGGGUGGAUUAAUUAAAGGGGGGGUUCAAUGUACAUACCGGUACCGUAAAUAAAUAAGCCCUACCCUGAAAAUAAGCCCUAGUGUGUUUUUUGUGACUAAAAUUAAUAUAAGACCCGGUCUUAUUUUCGGAGAAACACGGUAUGUGUAUUUUGGCUAUCUUGUAAAGGGGCAUAUCCUGGGACACCCCCUGGGGAAGCUAUUUCCUCGCCUAAAACUUGAGCGUGAAUGUGUUGGUUAAUGUAACACAACUACAGUGGUUAUGUUGCUUGGAAUGUAACUUUAAGAGUCUGUCUUGUUCUUGGGAACAUGCUCAAGACAUGGUGAAUCUCACAGUAAUAUUGCCAAUAUACCCAUGUGCUUUUGAAAUUUUAUUUAAUUUUUUUUUAUAGCAGAGGAUGCAUGUUUCUCUUGGACAUAAGAGUUUAAGUAUCUUGAUCUCAGUGCUUUAAUAAUAAUUCAUGGUAAAAAAAAAAGCAGAUUUUUAAUUUAAAAAAAAAAAAGUAUUGCAUGUAGCAAUACUUCAAAUAAUGUUUUAGGAAAGGAAAUCUUGGCUUGUGUGUACAUAUUUUAAUCCUAACUGGGCAGUGAAUAGUCUUCUAAUAUAAAUACACUGUAUUAAACAGAGCCUGGGUCAUAGAAUAUCUGUAAUUCAGUACCAGGAAGAAUGUUGGCUAAUUUGAUCAUAUAUUGGUUUAUUUUUCAAUGGCUGAAUUGUUGGCUAUGUAGUGACGUUUAUGCCUGCUUGUUGAAGACCAGUUUUAAUCAGGUCUCUGAAGUUUUUCUACCCUAACAAAUUAAAUAAAUAAAAUUUUAUAUAUAUAUAUAUAUAUAUAUAUAUAUAUAUAUAUGCGCAUUUUGGGUCAUAUUACUAUUCAGGCUAAUUUCUGCCUGGAGGGGAAAUUGAGAUAUGAUUGUGUAAACUACAGGUGCACAACCUUUUUAGAGAAGGGGAUAGAUGACUAACUGAAAUUCAAACCAGGGGGGGAGCACUGCUGUAUGACGUCAAUGAGAUGUUUUUUGCUUGAAUCUGAUGUCUGUUUGCAGGUUGCUGAAUCUAUAGAAUUUCUUGAAGUGUUUAUCUUCUGCUCCUCCCCAAUUUUGAUUCUGCUUAAUCUCCCACGUGUCGUUCCCUUCGCCCCCUUUCAUUUGUCUUGUUCCCUUCGCCCCCUUUCAUUUGUCUUGUUCCCUUCGCCCCCUUUCAUUUGUCUUGUUCCCUUCGCCCCCUUUCAUUUGUCUUGUUCCCUUCGCCUCCCUUUCAUUUGUCUUGUUCCCUUCGCCCCCUUUCAUUUGUCUUGUUCCCUUCGCCCCCUUUCAUUUGUCUUGUUCCCUUUGCCUCCCUUUUUCCCUGUAUGCUGUGGUUGAGUGGCUGUGUAUCCCUAGUGUAAAAUAACAUAUCUGAUUCUUCAAACACAGUUUUGCAACUUGCUGUAUCAUAGGGAGUUUUGGAGUUUUCUACACUGAAUUAUGUAAAUGUACCCCUACCUAUUUCAUAUUUCCCCCAGACAAAUCCUAGCAAAUAUUAUAUCACGUAGUAGCUAGGAAAAUAACUUUCAAAUUAUUUUCUGAAUCCAUGUUAAAAGGGACACUCCAGUGCCAGGAAAACAAAUCGUUUUCCUGGCACUGCAGGUCCCCUCUCCCUCCCACCCCUCCAUCCCAAGUUGCUGAAGGGGUUAGAACCCCUUCCGUGACUUACCUGAGACCAGCGCCCAUGUCCCUCGGUGCUGGAUGAGGAUCCGUCCAGACUCCUCCCCUGCCGACGUCAUCCGGCGGGGGAGACCGAUUGCGCAUGCGAGGCAAUGCCGUGCACGCGCAUUAGACCUCUCCAUAGGAAAGCAUAGGAAAUGCUUUCCUAUGGGGAUUUUAGAGACUAUUUUUACAGUUGCAGGGUUAAGGGUAGUGGGAGUUGGCACCCAGACCACUCCAAUGGGCAGAAGUGGUCUGGGUGCCUGGAGUGUCCCUUUAAUAGAUCCUGCAAGGACUUACUGAUUUUUUUAUUUUUUUUUAUUUAUUUUUUAACAAGGCAGGUAGUAAAAAGUCUGCAGGGGAAAUUUAAUUAAAGAUUUAUUUUAAAGGUGGGCAAAGGGAACGAGAUAAAGGAAAGGGGGCAAAGAGACUGAGUUAAAAUGUAAAAGGGAAGGGGUCAACAAUAAAAUGUGCUUGCAGUUGCCAUGGUGAUUGCUCAUGUUUUUAAAACUGAAACUUUGAUAAAUGUCCCUGUGGCGAAACCAACCUCGCCACUGUGAACUGGAGAAGCCUGGUUGCUCGCCUGCUCCCUUUGGACUAUGGCCCUGCAGGUUAAACCGUUUAUUUCCCCUGCAGAAAGGCUUAUUUGUGUGAUCUGAGUGCCAUUCAUCUAAUAAUGUGCACUCAGAUCCCAGCUAUCUGGGGAUAUGUGAAAUGUCUGUGUGUUAUGUGUAAAGGUGACUUUAUGUAUUUUAAAGUGUUUUGUGUCUUUUUGCAACCAUGUGCUUAAUGGAGUCUGUGUCUGUCCUGGGAGAUAAUUGAAUUACUUAUCUCCAGGAUAGACUCUGAUGAAGGAUGUGAUUGGUUGUUUUGUAACGCCCUGUGGGCUGUACUAUGUUUGUGGAUUGGGAAUAAAAGAGACUGUAUGUGACAGUACAGAGAGUUCCUGUUUUAACCCUCAAAGUGAAGUGUCGUCUCAUUAUUGGGGGAAGGAUUUAUUGUAUGCUGUUCCAGUUUGACUGCUAGGAGAGUAAACCUAUUCGUAUGGUUCCUAUUCAACUGUCUACAGCAUUCAUAUGCUUGAGAGCAUUCAUAUGCUCCUACGGUUCGGUGGUGGUGGUGUCUGCCAGAGUGCUUGGAGUCCUCAGGAAGCACUAGGAGCAUCCUUCAACGGAGGUGCCCAGUCGGGGUGCCAGGUGAUCCGUUACAGUCCCCCACUCCAAAAAUGUUACCACACGCCAGCUCUGCACACACUGAGCUUGCAUAGAUCUUUCCAUAAUUCCAAACCUCUUCUUUUACGUGUGCAGCGAGGACAGAUUUGAAAAAGACCAUAUCUCUGUCAUGCUGUCCCAUGCGCAGUGCCCCUCUGUACAUGUGUAUUUUUAGAGCACAGCACUUGCGCUUUUUACUCGAACCAACCAUUGUAGGAUUUUUCUUAAUGUUUCAAACAAACUUUUAUUUAAAGUAAACUGCUUGCCUAACAUUACAUGUGUAUCCUCUCUACAGAAUGUCUCUUGGUAACAAAGUAAACACAAUUCCUUCUUUCUAGUACUGCACAGCCCAGAGAGCUGUGGGUGCUUGACAUAUUUUUGCCUUUGCAAUUCAUGUAUCCCAUUUUAUUUUCCUUUCCUUUGCUUUGCCACAUAUAAGGAUAUCAUUUUUUAAUGGGCAUAGCCUUUUUUUUUAACAAGGCAGGUAGUAAUAGCAUCUUGAUACAAGGAGAUCGUACUGCCAUUCUGGGGUCAAGAAAACAUUCCAAAGUGUGGGGUUUUUUGUUGGCCUUCUUUUUGGAUCAACAGCAAAAACAAAUGUGAGAGAGGCUGUGCUGGAUGGAUGCAUGUUUCUUUUCAGCUAUGUAACUAUGUAACAUACCUGUAAUUUUAUUGAAAUUGGUACAAAGACCCAAAAUCCUGCAUGCAAUCACUGGCUUUAAAAUUUAAGAGUACACUAAAAAUCACUAAAGCUCCUUCAGACUGUCCCAUUCAUGUCACUGUUUCCUGAUUGCUUUGAAGUUUCUCCAAUUAAUUUGCAAGGAGCUUGACAUACCCCAUGAACUCAUACCUAGCAAGGUUUGUUUGUGGCAUGUAGUUCAGCACCUGGCAACUUAACAGGGUGAAUAGAACUGCUUCCUAAGCUGAUAGCAGCUUGCAGCAAUUAGCUAACUGAUUUCUCCAUUCCUAAUUUUGUGAGUGGAUCCUCCAGUGUCAUCAUGGUAUGACUGUGUGUGUUAGAUUUCUGUCCUGAUCCUGGCAAGAAGAUGUUCAAAAGGAAGUAUACCUUUAACUGAAACAGUAGAUAAAUUGUUUGGUAAUAUUUUCUCUUAAACACUUUAAACAUCCUUUUUGCUUGUUGGGGGGUCCUGUCUCGUGUUGCUGGGAAGAUAUUUGUGUGCAUCCUUCCCAGUACCUUUGCUUCCUCUGAACGUAUAUUGGUGCCACAAAAACCACCAGUUUCAACUCUGGGUUUGCUCGGUUUAGGAAAGGUGGAGCAGCAACAGACUUUCCUGCGCAGUGCAGCUUCCUGCACAUUCAUUGUAAGGGAAAGGAAUGAAGAAUGCUUUGAGCUAUGAAUCCUGAUAUGCAUUGUUCUUUGCUUCUAAAUCGGAGCUGUGAAUUGAGUCAUCUCUCCAGGGGUGACUGAACUACUUGUACAGUUUUGUAGCAGGUCACUGAAUCAAAACCACAGGCUACUUGCUCCAGCGUCCUGUCAAGCCAUUCUGUGGCCUUGCUAAACACUUCAGUACAAAGUGCAGGUGAAAAUCCAUCAGGGCUGAGCCUUGGCUUAUUGAUCUGUACAUUGUAGUCUGGGUAAUACAAAUCUUGUUUUGAAGUGGCCAGAUAGUCUUGCUUCAUAAGUUGUACUAGGUAACAAUAUCCCUUCACCUCUUGUGUCUGACAACAACAUUGUUUUUGUGCGUCAAUUACUAGUUGUUAAAUAUACUGUUCUAUAAUUGUAGAGUUCUGCAGGAAAUGUUAGAGCCAUAUAAAAACUUAAUAAAAUAUCUACUAUAAAAAGCAGCAUUUUAUAUCCUGCUCCUCUCCAUUCCACUCACACACUUUUUAGUAAAUAGCAAGUCUGAAUGAAUAGUUUACUGUGGAACUCUGGAAGCAAACAAAUCUGUGUUGCGCAACCAUACUCUAUGUGGCUGUUACUAGGCUCUCCAUAUAUUAACACAAACCUAGGGAUGGUUUUAUUAGAUACACUCCGUUAUCAUUUAUUUGCAAGCUAAGGUCUUGCAAGGCUAAACCCACAUCCUAACAUCACAAGUUUAAAGAUCAUGGUGCAGCCUGAGAAUAUUAACGGGUUACUUCAAGCACCAUGAUCACUUCACUGAUUUGAUUACAUGACUUAACCCUUUCACUGCCAGAGGGAUAACUCCCCUUCCGGCAACAUAAAUUCUGUGCAAAAUUGGAGUCUGAUGCAAGCACACACAGCAUACUUGCACUAGAUUGCCAAUGUACAAUGCAAGUACCUCUCCCAUUCAGUAACACGUUCACACUCCAACCCCACAAACACGUGCACUUCGAUCCCUACAAGUAUGGGGUGGGGGCGGGGGGAGGGGGAGGUAAGAGUGUAAUCUUCUAGUUUCUUGCUUCAGACCUUUGAAUAAGAGGGAACGAAACAAAAAAUACAGAUGUUCUGUGAUUUUUCAAAAUGUAAAUCUCAAAUGUAUUGUGAAUUAUAAAAAAAUAUAGAGCACAUCCUGCCUGCUUAAAACUGGCACCAUACAUCCUUACAGCCAAAUAUGCACAUACACAGUGCUCUCAGAGUAACACAAUCGGGAGAGGGAGGGGGUGAAGCAUGAUUUUUCUGGCUGUAGCAGGAGGUGCAAGUAGCUUUUGAGUAAAUUCCAAACCUUGUUAACCUUUAUAGUAAAUUCCAAACCUUGUUCUUUUAUAGUUUGUUAAAAAAAAAUCAAAAAACCACCCUCCCUCAAAAGCUGACCACAAGAAAGAUGGACUUUAAGCCAAGUUUAGCCGUCUUUGAACUAAGAUGAAAAUAAGAAUGUGAGGAACUAUAACCUUUUGGAGCACGGCUAAGAAAUGACUGAACUAGAUUAUCUUUCUGUUCCACAUGAUUCUUGUGUUCUACAACAAGACCCCUUUUACAAGCUCAUACAGCUGCUUUAGCAAAGUUAAGAUGGAGAUAGAGAUAGAUAGAGAUAUAUAUAUAUAUAUAUAUAUAUCUAUAUAAUUUCGAUUUUUUUAAUAAUUCACAAUACGUUUAUGAUUAAUUUAUCAUCAGUAGCAAAGGACAGAGUAAACCACAUGAUCCAAGCACGUUUGUGUGGACACGCGGCAGGAUUUUUAUUAUUAUUUUUUUUCACUUCUGUCAUUUUGUUUUGCAGUGUGUUUAUUUGUUUAUAGUUGGGUCAAACUAUGUUUAUAGGAGGUGAAGUGUAGAUUUACAUUAGUGUGUAUUUAAUUGGCUUGCACUUUUGGGUGUUAAAGGAAAACUAUAGUUUUAGGAAUGCAAAACGGUCUUCCUUGUACAUAGUGCCCCACCUUGUGCCCCCCACCCAUUGGCAAAUACAUGAUGACCCUUUUUACACUUACAAGAUUUCAGUGAUGAUUUCCCAGCACUUCUCCGCUAACAUCAGGCAAUAGGAGAACCUAAUUUGCAUGUGUAUAAAUACGCAAUAGAAGAUAAUAAAAUGUGGUCAGGUCGGCCUGUACUCGGAAAACUAAAUUGUAAACACAGACGCCAAUAAUUAAGACCUUCAAAUAUCAAAAGGUGUAAGGAGGAAAUGCCUCUAGUGCCUGACAGCCAUCAAAAAACACAAUGUCUAUUCACCAAGACGAUAACAUUAAGUUGUAGUGGCUUUGUUACUUUGUGUGCCCCUUUUUAGCUGGAAAGUAUCAUGGUCAGGGAUAACGUCAGGGCCCCUUUACAGAAUCAGAUGUUAUAAAUCUGUCCAACCUUGAAACCUAUGGGAGUAUUUGCUGAAAACAAUAGCUAUUUUAUUGCUGAAUCCCGUGUUUAAACACAUAGCCUUGAGUAUUUUUCAUUUGAAAUGAUUAUUUUUCAACUCUGAACAAGUGCUUGCCUGUUGUAACACUGGUAUAACAUCCAGUUUUUACAGCAUGGCCUUGUAGGGUAUAGCAGAACUGGCAGUGAGGCCUUUGAUAAAUGAGGUCAUUAUAAACUCUGCUGAAACAAGAUUUCAUUGCUGCUCAAUUGCAAACACACACUUUAUGGAGUUCAAUGUUAUUCUCUUGCAAAUCCCCCCUCUAUUCUUAAUGGAUUGCAGUAUAUUGACACAAAACGUGAGGGGGGGGGGAGAGAGAGUGUGUCACAGCAGUGGUACUCUUCUGACAGACUGUAUGCAAGAUUUACUUGAUCUCUUUGAAACGCAUAUUUAUAAAAAGUGAGAUGGCUUCCCAGGGGAAAGUGUUUAUUUUAUUUCCAAAAUAGUUACCAGGUAUCCAGGAAAGGGAAAAAUGUGGCUCUCUCCCAUAAAAAUUUCAAGGAAAAGUCAAGAAUGCAACUAAGAAAAAAAAAAAGAAGAAUUGUUUUCUGAUAUGAUAUUGCUUAAAGGGACACUAUAGUCACCAGAACAACUACAGCUUAUUGAAUUUGUUCUGGUGAGUAGAAUCAUUACCUUCAGGUUAUUUUGCUGUAAACACUGUCUUUUCAGAGAAAAUGCAGUGUUUACAUUACAGCCUAGUGAUAACUUCACUGGCCACUCCUCAGAUGGCUGUUAGAGAUCCUUCCUGGGUUAUGGCUGCCUAAAAUGCAUCCAAACAUUCAGUAUCUCCUCCCUCUGCAUGCAGACACUGAACUUUCCUCAUAGAGAUUCAUUGAUUCAAUUCAUCUCUAUGAGGUGAUGCUGAUUGGCCAGGGCUGUGUUUGAAUCAUGCUGGCUCUGCCCCUGAUCUGCCUCCUUGUCAGUCUCAGCCAAUCCUAUGGGGAAGCCACCACUUCAAUGAUGUCAGCAGACUGCUUGUUUUUCCUGAGUCUAACAGCAUGCAGAGUUACAGCUUCAGGCUUGAAUACAGGAAGAUUUUUACUAUAUUUAUGGAGGCAUGAGGGGCCCAGGGGGGCUAGAUGGUGGUUUUAACACUAUAUGGUCAGGAAUACAUGUUAGUGUUCCUGACCCUAUAGUGCUACUUUAAAUAAGUAUUGUACAUUGUUUAUAUUUCGUUUUUUGACUAGUUUCUAGUUUUAGUGAAAUUUCAACAGUCUUUAUGAGAAUUUCAGAAAGAUUUUAUAUUAUUAUUAUCACCAUUUAUAUAGCUCCACCCAGAGCCAUCUUCUUGUCGUCUUCAGGAUUCCGGUACUGACCACACCAUCUUCAGGAAACCAGGAGACUAGUGGGAAAACCCAAGGUGUCCUCUUCUCCAUGAUGAAACAUGUAACACUCUGCACUGGAUGUUCACAUAGCAGCCUUACCCUCAGUUUAUAGGUGGUCUUGGGUACCCUGCAUUUAAAUAUACAUAUGUGAAUAUAUCCAUUUAUCUCUAUUUCACACAAAGCAAACUAGUCCAAAUAAAAAUGUAAAAUAGGUGGUUUGAUGUCUAAUUUAAACAUGCCUGUAGUAAAGGCAGCGUGCUUUGCUCCUUUCCAUAACUGUGCUAUUGAUGACCAGGUAUAUACUUGUUAUCCAAUAUUAUCAAUAGAAUAAAUACAUUGUAUCCUAAAGAAAUCAUUUGUAAUAGUGGUUAAACAGAUCCAAAUAUUUAUAUCAGGUUUUCAGUUUAUUGAAAGGACAGAAUAUUCUCCUAGCAUGUUUUAUUGUUGAGAUUUUAUUUUUUUCACGCACCCCUUUGAUUUCUUUUCUGGAAAGAACACUAAUCUUCUGUAAUUGCAAUCGCUUUAAAAUCAGAUUAGCUUCCAUGGCAAAAUUGUGCUUGAAAACAAAGCAGUUUGUCUGAAGUGAGCAUCACAGUCUCAUACUAUAUAUGGGCCUCUGGUAAGUGCUGGUUAUAUUUAUAACACUGGCUUGUUGGAGUACUUGCAGUGUCAGAACAAAUGCUGUUUUGGAAUCUCUCCAGUUUCUUAAAGGCAGAUUUUUCUUCUCCUUACAUAUCCAAGCAUUAGAAUAUUCCCAGUCUGUUAGUGCUGGAGAGCUAUUCUAGCAGGUGUUUUAUAAAAGGAAUUUGCAUCUCACACACUUCCCUUUCCUACAGAAAGUAAACAAAUAGUCAACACGGGGCCUAGACAAAAAGUGUUGCAACAUGAAAAGUAGCAAUAAUAUGGGUAAAGGAGGUUUAAACGUUUAGCUCUGCAAUUGCUCGAGAUAAAUAAUGUGGAGCAAUCACCAUGAAAACAAAUGGAACGUUCCUGGUGAUUGACCCCACAUGGUAUGAAUAAUAUACAAUUCGGGUGUAACGUCAAGUUAAGAACUGCAAUAUAAAAUAUAAUAUAAACUGAAACACUGUGUGUUUUUUAUUUUAAUGUCUGCUUAACUACAUUCUAGCACUUUAAACAUAUGUGGCAUUCUCCAGACUUUUAGAUGGUAUUACUUCGCAUUACUCUAAAUUUUACUUCUUGCAAUGGAGGAGUGUCAGGACAAACUACACAAUGGUGGUUGUGGUGUUCCUUUAACAGAUGAUGAGUAUGUCGGCAAGCAAUGUCUGAAAACUGUCUUAAAGUGGAACUGUCAAGAUUGUGUUUAUUUUUUAGGUUUUAUAAUAAUCAUCCUUAUCAGUACUACUGACAUUAGGCUUUUGCAAAAAAUCACAAACAAAAUGAUGUAGUAAGUCUUGCUGCCAUUUUUCAGAGUUGUUACCAUGCAAGUUCCUUAUGAAAUUCCUCUUACUAUUCCUCCUUUCUUUAUCUAAUAUUAAUCCUGCUAUAUAAAAGGCAUUUUAGGAGUAAGUCUGCAUUGACCUCUGUGAGGCUCCUGCCUAGUGUUUUGGAGUUUUUCCAAUAAGGCAUAUUGUGUAUUCGUUUGGGGGGAUUUUGGACUUAUUCCAUGACCGAAGGUGGACAUGAAAGCAAUACAAACUGUUGCAGUUAAUUGGUGUGCAGUUUAUUUUCUUUUUCAUUUUUUCAUCUUUGUGGGUCAGCAGAAAGAUUACAGUAGACCAUGUGUAGAUAAGCAGUGACAUGCAUAAGAAAAAUCAUAAUGAAAAGAACACAUGAGGAUCGAUCCUAUUUUAAAUUAUGUAACACUACAUAAAACAAUCCUGUUUCUGGUCCAUAUGGUGGGUAAAAGCAGGUGGACGGAGGGUGCACUUAUUGAACUGUACCUGCCAGAUAGUAUCUCACGUAACAGGAAUUACCGGUCUUACUAAAGGCAUGUAUGAGAGGUGUAAAGAUCUACUGUACUUAAAAACCUCCAACAAGUUCUAGUAAUAAGCUGUUUUGUGCCAAAAUAAACUAAUAAUUCACUGAGCAGUAUGCCCUGGACACAGCCGUAUAUUGACCUGUUCCAUUCUGAUUUCAGGAUGUGGAAAAGGAAAGAGAUCCACUGUCGUACCUCAGUAAAGAAGAAACCAAAGAGAAGAUCCAACUUUAUAAUUCAGAAGUUACUGACAAAUUGAGAAUGACCUUGGUAAGAAUAUUCUUCCUGCUCCCAGUAACAACCCGUGUCUGUCAUUUACUAAGGAAUAAUAAUGAAAUGCCAUGGGGAAUAAAUGAAACCGACAUAGCUGAGAUUUUGGAAGGGAUCACAUACAUAAAUCUUCUUUUUGGGGGCUAUAGCUAUAAUAUCUUGAUUACCGCAACAAUGGUCUAGUGGGCUGCCUUCUCAGUUAUCUUUCCCUCUGGGGUCUGUUAUGAAGACUUCAGCCUAGACUCCUUUAUCUCAUUUUCAUAUGCAACGGCCCCAUAUCUGCUAGACCUCUCAUUGACUUCCCUGUAUUUCCAAAAUAAAAUUAAUCCAUUACCGGAAAGAACCUUUGCCUUAAUAUAACAUUUAUUGAAAUUCCGGUGUGGUGUGUCUAGGCAGAAGAUAAAUUUAAAAGACUGGAUCUGUUCAAUUGCCUUGUACUUCUUAUCACUUGGUUACAGUAUGUCACCGUUUGUGUAUUGCAUUGUAACUAUAGGUAAAUACAAGAUUUGAGGAGUUCAGAAACUUAAACCUUUUUAAAUCAAUUAGUGUAUGUGUCAUGCUUAUUUAUUAUUUAAGUUCACUGUAUCGCAGAGUGAAAAAGUAAAGUGCCUUUUAGGUGCUUCUGAAAAACAUAAUGCUUUUGUGAGAUUUUUUUGUUUUGUUGUUAAAGUGUUACUUCAAGCACUAUGACCACUCAAGUAUUUUGAAGUGGUCAUGGUGCUUGAAAUUUGUAUGUGCUGUUUUUCAGUUUGAAUUGCUGCACAUACUGAAAUAUUCUAAAUUGUUAUACAUAGGCUGAGAUUGCUCAGCUGACUUGCAGGAUUAGCAGCUCUGCAUCUGCAUUACCCGCCAUUAGAGGAGGAUUGGUAUCUUGCAGGACAGGCAAGAGAGCAAAGCAUUGCUAAACAUUUUGCCCCAUUACUGUGUAACAGCACAUGGCUACUCCUAGCAUCAUAAUACUACAUGCAUAAUACACAUGUUUAAAUACAUAAAUGUGUUGGUAAAAUCUUAAAUCUUUAACUCUUCCUUUUUUAUUCCGCUCAGAAUUCCACUGGCAUUUAUACGGGUUUCAUUAAAGUUCAGAUGGAGCUCAGACGACCUAUCACUGUACGGACUCGCACAAAUGCUCACAGCAACAGCAAUGAGACCGCCUUCUAUAUGCCCAAGGACAACAUAAAUAUUCUGCACAUCAGCAGUACCAACACUGUGCGCGAAGUCAUCGAGGCCUUGCUGAAAAAGUUCUUGGUAGCUGACAAUCCCGCCAAGUUUGCACUUUACAAGCGCUGUCAGAAGGAGGAUCAAGGUGCAGUGACUUCUUUAAUUUAUGCCUUCAUUCCAUCUGUGCAAUAUUUACUGCCGACAGUGUUGUUGUCCAAUACUCCUGAUAUUCUCUGGUGGUCUAAUUUGCAAGCUGAGGUUUGAAAAUCUUCAUCAAUUUAGGUUUGCUUUAGUAUGCCCAGGGUGAUCUGACCGUUUAUAAUUACUGAAACCACUGUGUCUGCAUUUUAAAAUAUCCUUCAUAUAAGAUCAUCCAGGUUCACACAAAAGUUAGGAGCAAAACAAAAUUGUAUCUAAUUGGCAACACUCGUGUUCACUUUAUCUUCUCACAAACCUAAUUAUCUCAUAACCAUACCUAUGGAGCCACUGAUACACAUACCAAGCUAGCAUUUACAUUCACACAUUAAUUAUUAUUUGCACCCUAACCUAAUUAGCAAGGCACAUACUUUCAUAAAUGCACACGGUUGCAUAACUAGACACUAAUUUGGAAUUUAUUUAUAAAUUGCCAAACCUCCUUACCAGCAAAACAUCCCAUCGCCUUGAUGAUCACAAAAACACUCUGGUUUUAGAGCUCCCUUUACACUCCUGAGCACUUUGAUAUUAAUAAAUCCACGGAAAAGCCAUGCUCCACCAAACAAAUGCUCAUAGCGAAGCAUUUGGUGAUUUUCAUUACGCACAACACGGUGGUGCUGUAUAUUUGUAGUGACCAAAGGUCUUCAAUGUGGAACCACCCUUUGGUGGCCAUCAGUUACUCGUAAACAGAAAUGUUUUUACAUUAUACUCCUCCCAAAAAAGAGGAGCAGGUGGUCUAUACACCAAAACAACUUAAUUGUGACAGUAUGUGGUUUUGGUGUUUAGUGUCCCCUUUAAAACAUGUUGUGGUAACUUUUUAUAUAUAUAUAUAUAUACUGGAAAAUGUUGAACAAAUGGGAUCGUGCUUAGUAUUAGAAAUGGCACCCUAUUAUUUUUGUCUGAUUUACGCUGUUGUAUAUUUGGAUUGCGGUAUUUGAACAGCAAAACACAUUGUGACAUUGAACUGUAAAUGCAUGUACAAAUUAUAACAAUAAGCCAUAUAUUAUUAUAACUCUUUAUUUCCUUAUGGGGGGCCAGCAAUAUAAUGGUAAAUUGCUCAGCCCUUUAGGCAAAGCCUUACUUAGAUAUACAGUUCUUGAACUCCUUACACUACUGGAUGACCUAAGCAUAUUGUAUAUAAUGGCAAGUACUGUCUGGUGCAUGUAGCUAUAAGCCCCAUGAACAAUAAUAGUCCAAUAAAAUGGAAUAAUGUCCCAAACGCCUGUUUUUAUAAAUAUUUAAUAAUUCUGGGUUAGUCUCUCUGCCAUGUUCCCAAGAUGUGCAUUUUUCUGAUGAUGCUCUUGUGUAUUUUUGCACAUUAUCUCGUCUCCUUGCCAUAACUUGAAUACAUGCCAAGAUAUUAAUGCUUUUUAAAAAAUUAUUAUUAGUGUUAUUUAUAAGCCACCAAUAAAUUUAACAGCGCUUUACAAUAGGCAGACUAACAAACCAGUACCAGCCAUUACCCCCUAAAGGUACAAUGUAACCCUGGGUUUACGAUGCCCUCCUACUUAACAUGUCUGUAUUUUGUUUUUUUUCCCCCCACCUAUGUAGUGUACCUGUGUCGGCUGUCUGACAGGGAACACCCACUGUACCUUCGUUUGGUAGCUGGGCCCAGUCUUGAGACCCUUGGCUUUGUUCUGCGGGAACAUGAAACUGGAGAUGUCAUGGUAAGAUAAAUUUUUAUUGCAGUUUGUUGGAGAUUUAAAAUGCUGUAAGAAACUUGCAUAAGAUGGCUUCUUGGUGUGAUGUACAAAAUCUAAUUGCAGCAAAAUCAAUUGUUUAUAUUUGUUGGUAUACAAUAAUGAAUUAUUUACUGUUACAGAUUAAUAGUGCCUGCUCAAAAUCCUGCUUGAGGUGGGUUUAUUGGUAAAUCGUUUGCAUUAGCAGAUUAUGACCAAUCCUAUCUAAGCAAUUUACUUUGAUCUCAUUUUUACAGACUUAAUCACUCAUUCUCCCAUCAGAUAAAUGUGCAUUGUUUGUUACAUUUGUCUAAAUUUAUUUGAAGUUUCUGUAAUAAACUAGACAUUACUUGAAUUAACCGGCUUAUUUGUGCUAGUAAUGCAAUCAAAAACAAAUAGUCCUCUUACAUUUAAUUUGGUCAAGUGCGUUUUUGGCCAGUUAAAACCAGUAAUUUGUAAAUCCUAGACUACUAGUGGAAUUGGAUUACAACUCAUACCUCCCAAUACUGUUGGGUAUGAAAUUAGGACAUAUGGGGUGUUGUGGAAUGAGUCUGUGCCAGCGACACAGUGCCUACCACUUUUGACUUGCAGUGGCAUGUAAGCUAGGCUAAACAGUCCAUUCAUCUAACCUGUUUUACUCAUGCACAAAGACAGUCUGCAAAGGCUUGUGCACUGUGUGCUGGAUUAGUAAUGCGUUUGCCUUUUGUUUUGGAGAAGUGGAGUGACUGAUGUCAUUCCAUGCCGACACAAAUGUGUUUGUACUGAAGUCAAUGUGUCAAUGGCUUUGAGGUGAUUGCCCUGCUUGGGCCACUGUACAGAAGUUAAAUAUUCAUGGGCCUUGAGAAUGAUUGCAUUGAAUGAUAGAGAGAUGGUAAGUAUAGACAAGCUCCUAAAGCAAGAACUACUGUGAUCUCAUUAAUCACAAUAUUAAAUGAUAUACCUGAUGCUUUAGGAGCUGUUAUAUCAGUAGUUGAACCUGGCAUGGCAGGCUCACUUUGAUGGGAUAUUGUCAAAGAAAUAAAGAUGAAGUGGGCUCGCAGGUUCUAACAAAUAUUUCACAGUAACCUUGCCACCGGAGAGUUUAUCCAUCCACCGGGCUCUGCAGAGAUGCUGACCUUUUGUCAACUCUGAAUUUUUCAAAUUGCCGCUUUUAAACUUAGAGGAGCCAUGACACAGUUUGAGUAAAUGGGGGUUGAUAAUGUUUUAGAGCAGUGGUUCCCAACCUUUUUUUUCACUUGAGAACCCCUUGGCAGUCCAUUUCCAAAAAUUGUACCCCUCAUAUUGGUGAAAUGUUUAUUAAUAUAGUUGCGAUUAUUUUAAUUGUAUAAGUUUUCUCUGCCCCAUCACCCCCUCUUCUCCUCCCAGGCUCUCCCUGCUCCCUCUCUGCCACAGGCUCUCCUUGCUCCCCAUUUUGCCCAAAGCUCCCCCUGCUUCUUUUCUGGUGUGGGGGCGGGGCUGCUGCGCGAGUAGCCAAUCCCGAAAUAGAAGAUUGAAACCCUAAGCAUGCAUAUCACACACAUCCCGUCAGGCCCCAACAUGUAAUCUGGCAGCUGCCCUGGAUUGAUCCUGUGGAAGUUCCGCCAUUAUAGAAAUUCUUUCGCGUACCCCCAGGGGAGCUGAAUUGUACCCCUGGGGGUACACAUACCACAGGUUGGGGAGGACAGUUGUUACUCUCUGUGAGUGGGAGAGAAUGGAAUUAUAUGUAGGGCUGCAGGUUUAGAUCAAGUCAACUAACCUUACAAGUAUUAAUGGCAAUUUGCAUGUACUCUCCAACUGAGAUUUUCCAACGGAGAAGAGUUGCUGCCCAUGUAUUAGGGAACUUUAAUAGUGUGUAGUUUUUAAUGGGAUGGUAUAGUGCUAGGAAUACAAAGCUGUAUUCCUAGCACUAUUGUUCCCUCUGCACCCCUCCCUCACGGGUCUGCAAUGCUCUGCGAUGGGGAUUUUACCGACACUGGAUGUCCUCAUGCGUAGCAUUAAAACGUCCAGCGUCAGGCUACCUAUAGCUGUCUAACAAGCAGGAACUGCCUCUAGUAGUGUCUGACAGCCUCUAGAGCCAGUCCUAACCCUGCAAUGCAAUUAUUGCAGUUUAUUAGGAACCUGAAAUAUUUAACAUUGCAGGGUUAAAAGGAACAGACACUGCACCCAAACCACUUCAAUGAGUGUCCCUUUAUGAGGAUAAGUGUGUGUGCGUGUAGCAGUGUAUAGUAUUCCAAAAGAGUGUGUGUGUGUGUGUGUGUUUACACCCAUUUUGAGGGAGAAAGUACAUAAGUGCAAUUUGUGAGCAUAUACUGGCAUAUGCCUAGGGUAACAUUAAUCUAGUAUAUUGACUAAUCUUCUAAUGUCCAAUCAGGGUGGCACAGAUUAGAAACAUUUUCUAUAAAAUGCUUUGAAUAGUUUUAUCUGGUGGCUCAAUGACCACAUUACUUUUUAUUGUAAAAAAUAAGAGAAAAUACUUUGAGUAACACUUGGGCUGUCUUUAAUUCUUGCAGUGGGGAGCCUUCAGUCUCCCAGAACUACAGAACUUCUUACGGAUCUUGGAUAAAGAGGAGGAGGAGCAGCGUCAGAGCUUAAGGAGGCGUUACGCAUCCUACAAGGAGAAACUGGAAGAAGCUUUGAGUGGAGCACGUAAACCUGGCUAA